AUGGCGUCUCCAAACAAACCUGGACUCCCAACCUUCCACCACCUCAAUGACUCCCAAUCCCAACGAAUCCUCUGGUUUCUCGAAGAAUUGGGAAUUGAAUACAACCUCGUAUGCCAUACACGCGUGGAAGGUCGUGCACCACCCGAGCUCAAAAAUGUUCAUUUCAUGGGAAAGGCCCCGGUUCUUGUUACACCCGACAAUGUGCCCAUCGCAGAAAGUAGUGCAAUCCUUGGAUACCUGAUUGAUACGUACGAUGAAGAUGGUAGAUUUGCCGCACAGGAUAAGGUUCGCGAUGAGAGUUUGUCGUCCUUCGCUGGGUCGACUAUUGGGACUAUCGGAAUGAUUGAGUUGAUAUUUGAUAUCGUGGCAGGAAGAUCUCCGUGGCCACUAUCAAUAUUACUCGGUGGUGUCAAGUCGAACGUACAUAAAAGUUUCACCGGGCCGGAAUAUGCAACUCAAUUUCAAUAUCUGGAGAAGGAACUGACAGAUGACUGGUUCAAUGGAAAGAAUUUGGGAAGGUCUGAUGUAAUGCUGAGUUGGCCCAUGGAUUUCUUGGCUGCAAAGAAGUAUGUGGACUUUGAGAAGUACCCCAAGAUUUUCCAGUGGAGAAAGAGGAUACAAGAGAGAGAUGCUUGGAAGAGUGCAAUGGAAAAGGGUAAUGGGUAUAAUUUGGCGGAGAUGUAA